AUUCUUAUUUUUUUUAAUCAGGUGAAAAUUAUCCUGGACUGCAGAUGGAGGAUUUUGCCUUAGCAUUCAUGAAUAAAAAUUUGGAGAGGAAACUGAAAGAGUUCAGAAAAAUCAUAUGCAUCGAUGGAACACACGGAACAAAUGCAAGAAAUUGGGAUUUAACCGUUGUUUUGGUUAAGGAUGAGAAUAAUAUAGGUUUUCUCGUUUCAUUUCUUAUAUCUAAUAGAAGAAUUGGAGAAGACAUUGAUGCCGACCAUAUCAUGACAGAUGAUGAUAUUAAAUACUACAAUGCUUGGUGUCAAGCAAUGGGAUCAGUUACAAAACAAAGAAGACUACUCUGUUCAUGGCACGUAAUUGAAAACUGGAACAUCCAAGGGAGAAAUAAACUAAAAAAUCCAGAAAUCAAGAAACAAAUGGAAUAUCGGAUGAGAAAGAUAUUGAGGGAAACAGAUUGGACGACAUUUUUUAAAUUAAAGGAGGAUUAUUUCAAGGAUUUAGAAAAAGAAGGAGAAAAUGAAUUUCUGAAAUACUUAAUGAAUUAUUACUUCCAAACAGAAGAACGAAUAAAAAUGUGGUCAUACUGCCAUAGAGUUAAUGCAGGAAUCAACACAAACAUGGCCAUUGAAAGUUUCAACAAGGUCCUGAAGCACAACAAAAUGAGAGGCAAUCAAAAUAUAAGGAUUGAAAAACUACUGGACUCACUGGAAGAGUUGGUGAAUGAUAAGAUGUGGAAGAAAAUCAUAGAAACUGAAAGACCCACCGCUAAUUCAUAUCACUCCAGUGUAAUAAUCGGGAAUUUCAGAUUCUCGAUUAUUGGGUCUGGACGUCGCCAACGUGCGGUAGGUAGACCAGACCCUUUUCGAAGACCAUGUUAGGUCUUGACACUAAAC